CGCAAGUGUCGGCUGUAGACCGGUGGAGGGCUGCAGGGACCGGACCGCAGCACCGGGACAAAAACAAAACCUCCACGCAGGAUGGACUGAAGCACAGACUGCUGCAGGAGCGAGAGGAAAACAACAUGAGAAAACUGCUCACCACCGAGGAUUCACUUUCUCAUGAGGCAAAGCAUUUUUGCUCCACCCGUCACACUGCUUCAUCUGGGCUGAUGUGAAGAGGACGUUGCAGACUGACUGUGGGAGUUGGCAAACAGAUGAGUCACGUAUGAGUGAUAGAUGAUGUAACAAUGUUGCUGACCAUGGAGCUAAUUGGACCAACAGAAAGGGAGAAAAUGCUUUUUCUCAUACAUUCACUUUGCCAAUGACAAAACAAGUUACAAUCUCAGGCCGUGGAGAGGCAAUGACCUAAUUCACAUGAAGUGACCUCAUACUGAUAAGUAGCCCGCCUCCUCACUGGGUGAUGGAACACAAUCACAAAUGGACUCUUAUCAUCGUGGCUGGAGUGUGUGAGGUUACAUGAUAUUUCUGUCUGUGUGUGGAUGUUUAACUCAGAGGAGUGAGCUUUGAUGCUACUUGCAGCGAUGUUGCGGCGUGGGCUGCUAGCUUGGGUCUCCCGUGUUGGAGGCGUGCUGGUACUUCUCUGCUGCUCCUUGUCACUCCUCUAUGUGAUGACCUGCAGUCCGCCGCACUCUGACGACCCUCCGCUGAGCCAUGCUCUCCCUCGCGCUGGACCCAACCACCCCAGCCUUGGGGGCACAGGGCCAGGGAUUGGAACAGGAGGGGGUGGAACAGGAGGAGCCCGAGGUGGAGCUCCUCAAAGCGGUGGACCCCCAGGUGUUCAAUCUUAUCAGGUGCUCCUUCAAGAGCGAGAGGAGCAGCAUCGCCUCCACAUCUCCUCCUUAAAGAAGCAGAUAGCUCAGCUCAAGGAGGCUUUGCAGGAGCGAAGUCAGCAGCUGAAAGGAGUGCAGGAGAGCCUGAAGAGAGCUGCUGGGGGACCAGCUGAGGGACAGGAAGCUGGGGUUGGCUCCCAAGGUGGUGGUCUUGGGGAGGCUCAGGGUGCCAAGAGUCAGCAGACGGACCUCCAGGAGUUCCUGCGGAGCCAGCUGUCUAAGGCCGAGGUGACCGCAGGCACCAGGCUGCCCAGUGAGUACGCUGUGGUGCCCUUUGAGAGUUUCACCCUGCAGAGGGUGUACCAGCUAGAGAUGGGGCUGACACGUCACCCCGAGGAGAAGCCUGUGAGGAAGGACAAGAGGGAGGCGCUGGGGGAGGUGCUGGAGACGGCCCUGCACAGCCUCAACAUGCCAUCAUCCCAGCAAGACAGCAGGAGUGCAGUGGAAAACACUCAAACAAGCAAAGUGUACACACCGUCUGACUUCAUAGAAGGUAUCACCCGCACAGAGAAGGACAAAGGGACGCUGUACGAGCUGACCUUCAGAGGGGAGUCGACUAAUGAAUUCAGACGCCUGGUCCUCUUCCGUCCCUUUGGACCGCUGAUGAAGGUGAAAAACGAGAGGGUGGACACUGCCAGCGUUCCGAUCAACAUCAUCGUCCCACUGUCCAAACGCACAGACAAGUUCAAACACUUUAUGCACAACUUCAGGGAAGUCUGUGUGCGUCAGGACGGUCGGGUCCAUCUGACAGUGGUGUAUUUUGGGAAAGAGCAGAUGAGCGAAGUCCGCAGCACUCUGGAGAACACAUCCAGGGAAGUUAAUUUUAAGAACUACACUCUAAUGCAGCUGGAUGAGGAGUUCUCUCGGGGACGGGGUCUAGACGUCGGGGCCCGAGCCUGGAAGGGAGGCAACGUGCUGCUUUUCUUCUGUGACGUAGACAUCUACUUCACCGCUGACUUCCUCAACACCUGCCGACUCAACACGCAGCCCGGUAAAAAGGUGUUCUACCCGGUGUUAUUCAGCCAGUACAACCCCACUCUGAUCUACGGAAGUCCUGAACACGUCCCACCUGUGGAGCAGCAGCUGGUUAUCAAGAAAGACACGGGUUUCUGGAGGGACUUUGGUUUCGGCAUGACCUGCCAAUACAGGUCCGACUUCAUCAACAUAGGAGGUUUUGACAUCGACAUCAAAGGCUGGGGCGGCGAAGAUGUCCACCUGUACAGGAAGUACCUCCAUAGCAAUCUCCUAGUGGUCCGAGCACCGUCACGAGGCUUGUUUCACCUGUGGCACGAGAAACACUGUGCUGACGAGCUCCCUCCAGACCAGUACCGCAUGUGCAUGCAGUCUAAGGCCAUGAACGAGGCGUCACAUGGCCAGCUGGGGAUGCUGUUCUUCAGGCACGAGAUUGAAGCUCACCUCCGCAAACAGAAACAGCAGCAGAACUCGAACCCCAAGAAGACAUGAGGAGUUGAAUUAUUGUCACUGCAAAGACUGCAAUCAGCUGAAAUAAUGCCGAUGAAUUCGACUGAGCUAAACCACAUCCGAUAAUAGAGGAAAAGUUCAACACUUUUUGGAAAAUACGCUCAUUGGAUUUCUUGCUGAGAGUCUGAUGAGUAGACUGAAACCACUUUCAGAUAUAACACCUGUGCCACACUGCCUGUGAGAGCAGCGCUGCUGAGGCGUGGCUCGAUUGCUGCUCAGCUGUGGCACAUCUAGAGAUUCGGAGUCUCGCCAAUUUUUACUGCAUGACGGCAAAAAUAGACAGUAAAAAUGGUGUUUUGAUAAUUAUGUUGACAUUAUAGGACCUUUCACCUCAAAGUUUCAAUGUCUAUAUCUGUCACAGACACUGAGAAAUACAAAUAUAUUUUGUUGUUGACAGUGCAGAAUCAGCUUUUUAUACCACAAGCGUGCGAGCUGCAGCAUUUCAGCAAGGUAGCCAUCAUGCGCUGCUCACGCAUACAGUGUGGCCCAGGCAUAAGAGUGAGACCGUUCCUCUUGUUGACUCUGCAAGAAAAUAAUAGGCAUAUUUCUCAAAAAGGCGAACUUUUCCUUUAAUGAAAAAUGUGAAGACUUUUUACUCAUCGAGGACUCCGAGCACUUUGUUGCUCUUUAAAGGAAACCAUGAUAUAAAGAUGAAUAAAGAACUGACUUGAGGAAUUCAUCGAUACAAGUGGAUCGGACUUUUCGUUGGACAUUAAUCAACAGAUCUCCCGUCUGAAACAUGUAUCUGUACAUUUAAUAUAAUGUCCAUAUGUAUUUAACUGCAGAAAGGCCUUUCAGAACGAAAACACAGCACCUUUGUUUGAGCUCUACAGUGUCUCUAAACCAAGUGCCCUCUGUGAAUAAACCCUAAACAGUCUCUUCAGAGUGAGAACUGAACACGUGUAUUUUUAUGUUUAGGGAAACAGAGCCACCUAGUGGACUGAAAGUGAGCAACAUGUCAGUGCAUAAACAAUGAAGGAUUCUUUUAAAGCCUGGAAUGACCUUGUAAAACAUUAUUUUUGAUAAAUUAUUCAUUCCUAUAAUUUAUGUUUGUUAUUAUUUUGUAAAUGCCACCAUGUAUAAGGAUUAUAAUUGCAAAUGCAGUUAUUGCCUGGACAGUAUUACGUGUGAGUUGUUCUUCUCAAUAAUGAACGGUGCUGAGACAAAGAAAAACAAACAAAAUUUGUUUUUUCCUAGUAAGCCUUCUGAGACAGAUGUAUUUAUGCCCAAAUAAAGAUAAUUUUAUUUUGAGAUUGUUUAAAGGACAAAACAUAAUGUAGACUUAUUUGUGUUUUGUUGUUGUUGUUUUUUUUUUUUUUGUCACAAUAUUAAUUUGUUGAUACAUAAUGGAUGAACAAAGGAAAGGACUCUUGACUGACAGUAACACUGUUUUCCUGACUUUGACGAUGACUUACUGUUACAAGUCAGAAUUAGAUGUACGGAUCUAAUAUUUUUGCUUAAAUCGAUCAAAUGAUAUUACAUGUAUCACUGAGCAGUCACCGAAACUGGAGUCGUUGUAGGUGUAGAUAUAUUAGUGCCUCAUUGGUCACUUUACAUUAUUUUUAAUGUAAUCCCCCAUAAAUACAGCUACAGCACUUCAAUCAAAACAAGCUGUAUUCUUGGUGGAUGACCAAAUAUGUGAAAAGAGGCACUUUUUAAAUCAUGUUUUUUAUUGUUAGCCAUUAAAACAUUCCUUGUAUAUAAAAAAACAUUGAAUGACUGAAUGACGUUAUUUUUCCACUUCAUGUAAAUGAGUUGAAUUAAACAUAUUUGUGCAUUGA